ACGAGGGGCGGUCCAAUCAGGAGAGAGGAGCGCAAGAAGUUGUCCCCCCAGACUUUGCGCUGUCACUUGUUCUUCUUUCGCAACUUGUUGAAGGAGGCCUCAUGUUUUCGUGCUCCUCUUCCUCCCCCUGACCCCAACCCUCCUGCUUCGCCCCCACCCCGGGCCGGGGCGCGGGCAGACCCCCCCCCCCCCCCCCCCCCCCUCCCCCGGUCGGUGGCGGCGGCGGCGGCGGCGGCGCAGGGAGCGGGUGAUGUUCGCGGCGGCUCCCGGGAUGCAGGACGCCUCCUCCCGACACUUCGGCGGAGGCGGCUUCUCGCCUCGCCGCCGCACCCCCCCGCUGGCGGCCCUGCACAGCAUGGCGGCCGACAUGAAGACCCCGUCCGGCGCCCCCCAAUACCCGGCGGCGGCCUUCCCGUCGUGCGCGUCCCCGACCGCCACGUCGCCCAACCCGGGCGGCGUGGCCGCGGCGACGGCGGCUGCGGCUGCGUCCCCGGGCCUCAAGUCUUCCGGCGGCGGCGGCGGCGGCGGCCUUCAGGGCUCGCCGCAGCUCAGCUCGUCGGCGACGCCCCACGGCAUCAACGACAUCCUCAACCGGCCCCGGGCGACGCCGUCCUCGGUGGCCUCGGCCUCCCUGGGGGUCCUGAGCGCCCUGCAGCAGCCGCCGCCGGUGCCGCCGGCCGGACUCUACUUCUCGCCGGGAGUCGCCGCAGCGAUGGUCCGGUACCCCCCCAAGCCCCUGAGCGAGCUGGCCGGUUGCAGGAGCCCGCUUUUCUGGCCGGGGGUCAUGCAGGGCGCCCACUGGAGGGACGCCCGCUUCGCCUGUUCGCCUCAGCAGAGUUGCGUGGCGGUGGAGAGCAAGGACGGCAAACGCAAACACACGCGGCCCACCUUCUCCGGACAGCAAAUUUUCGCUCUGGAAAAAACUUUUGAGCAAACCAAAUAUUUGGCGGGCCCCGAACGAGCCAGGCUGGCCUUCUCCCUGGGGAUGAGCGAGAGCCAGGUCAAGGUGUGGUUCCAGAACCGGCGCACGAAAUGGCGGAAGAAGCACGCGGCCGAGAUGGCCUCCGCCAAGCAGAAGCACGACUCGCAGACCGAGAGGUUAAAGGUCAGCUCCGACUUGGACGCGGACGCGGACGACGACUUGGACGACUACGACAAACCUUUGGACCCCGAGCGGCCCCCCCGCCCCCUGGACGGCCUCCUCCACAAGCGCGCGCUCGUCGUAGUGCACGCGCCCGAGCGGGAAGGCUCGGCCUAACCCUAAAGACAAAAAAAAAAAAAAACGGACUUUUUUUUUUAAAAAACUUUUCAUUCUUGUACAAAGCCUACUUUUGGGACUGUAAAUAGAAACAAACACAUCCUCUUUUAUCAUUACAAUUAUGAUCAUCAUUAUUAUUCUUAUUAUGAAUGUACAGACAUUCCGUUUAAUUUAAUUCGUGUAACGUCAGCACUUUCACUCAAUAAAUACUCUUUAUUAUGAUUAGCAAGACGAAGAUUAUUCUUAUGAUCAUUAUUCGUCGUUCCGAAAAAAAGAUUUAUUGACUGGAUUUGUUUGACGCGCGCGUCCGUUCUUCUUGCCACGAAUGUACAUUAUAAAAAUGCUCCCAAUUAUGGGCAUAAAUGCACAUUAUGAAGAAAAAAAACUCCAAUGAUGGGCCUCGUCACAGCGCCGAAGAUUUUGCUCAUUUUUUCGUUUUUGUGUUGUCAACCGCGCAAAAAAAAAAAAAAUGCAUGCUCGUAAUAAUCUCGACGUCAUCACACCACGGACGCCAAAUGAUUGAUUAUUUAUUUGAAGAGUAAAAUGUUUCGAAUUUGAUUGAUCAAUAAAAUGUCG